GAAGUGUGUAGACACUGAAUUGGGACACAGCUUGCGCCUUUACUUCGAAGGCUGAGCAGAACUACUUCCGGUCUCGCAGUGAGCGGUUUGACGCUGUCGCGCGUUGAACAACUGGACUUUGACGCUGACAGGCAGGGAGCAGCAGAACUUAAAGUUGCCUUCAUAUCAAGAACGAUUUGUUCCUUACGGUCAAAGUGCCGCUGUGGGUCCAGAAAGCUGAACCGGGAACAUGACUGAGCUGUGGGUUUCCUUGGCUGUUCUGGCCGCCGCGGUGAUUCUCUGCGAGGCGACUCGACGAACAGCAGCUCGUCUUUUCCCGGGAGUUUAUUGGAUUUACCUGCUGGAAGCGGUGUCCACCUUUCAGCUCUGCUGCUGCACGCAUGAACUCAAAUUGCUGGGAGAAACGACCCGGCUGGAUCCGUCGGUCAGCUUAACCCUUACUUUCACCAUUACGGUUGUUCACUUAUUAACUUUCCGGGAAGCGACGUGUAACCCCGGCUCGGUUCUGGAGAGUGUUUGCCGCGGGACCACCAGCAUCAAGGCGGCCGUCGUUCUCAUUGCUUGUCACUUCGGAGCAGCGGUCGCAGCGCAGUUUUUCGCAGCCGCAGUGUGGUCGCUUGGUCUGUCCGACGUCCACAUCCGACACCAGAGGUUUGGGUUCAGAUGCUUCGACCCGUUAGGUGGGACUCUGAUGGAGGCUGCAGCCGUGGAGUUGGCCUGCGCGUUCACAGUCCAGGCUGCGGCCAUGCACGUCCACAAAUUGGAGGAAAAACUCAGAGCUCCCUUUAUAGCUGCAGUCGUCACAUUACUGGUCUACACAGGUGGAAGUAUUUCAGGAGCUGUUUUUAACCCAGCCUUGGCCUUCUCCAUCCAGUUCCCCUGCAGUGGCCACACUUACCUGGAGUACAGCUUUGUUUACUGGCUGGGACCUGUCUUAGGCAUGGCGAGCUGCAUCCUGCUGUUCGAGAAGAUCAUCCCUUUCCUUUCUGGGAAGAGCACCAUCGUUCUGGAUGGUCCCGCUGUCCAGAAACAAAAGACACAGUAGCAGCAGGAGGGAGGCUGUGUUGGUCUUUAAGGUUUACUGUAUAAAUCAGUUUUAUGUAGGACUGUGGGAAAAUCAAAAUACAUAAACCUGCUGCAGAACUUCUGUACUCCAGAUGGUGGAUCUUUAGGCUGCAGGGCGGUCCAGCAUGAACUGACAGGACGAGCUUUAUACCGUCUGUUCACCUCCGUGGCUUCAGCUCACUCUGGGUGAGCCAAUAAUUGAACAAUGGGUUGUAUACAGAGACUUUUCUUUGAUCUGAAAGGUCUGCUGUAGACUGGAUCUCAGUCCAGGACGACUCUCUUUAAGAUGGAUUGAAGAGAUAUAAAUAUAGACACAAUUUAAUAAAGUAAAGCUCAACUAAACUUUUAAUUUUCUCACUUUUUGCAUGGGGAAAUAUUAAUUAUAACAACUGUAAUUAUCAAAACAGGAAAAAAUGUAUAACUAUUAGGACAUUGUACUCAUAGGAUGAAAUCUGUGCGAGUGUUACCAUAGCAACGGUUUUACAAAACGUGAUGGAAAGCGCUGCCAGUAGACGAGCAUCCCGCGGUGUGCCAUAAGCAGUGGACAAACUAUACAGAGCGAUAUGUUUAUGGACUCUAUCAUUCUGUCUAGUCCACAAGUAUCAAUAAAACGUGUUUUUAUUUUAAUUUAUCUACAGUUUGUAGGACAUAGUUUACCGUUUCAUCAGAGCUCCUGGUGGAAAUUAGCUAGCUAACGAGACCAAGGUUUAAAGGCUGCCAGCUUUCCAGGACGAUAUUCUGUUGCUGGACUUUGUCCAGUUUAUUUAACCUUGUCAACAUCCAGUGGUUCCAACGAACUGAUGCACACAACAUAUGAAUGUGGGGUUUAAUGUUUGCCAAGCUUGCCUUUAACAGCCUAGAUUUACAGUAAAACUGCUUAUACAGUCGUUUUCUCCGUCAUUAUGCUAGGCUAGUGACCAGAAUACUGAAGACAUGAUUUCUCCAUAAAU